GCGCCUUUGAUACGAGCAACGAGGUGUUUCCCGGCUUCUGGAUGAGAGCACGAGUGAAUGCGAGAGGCUCGAUCACUUCGCCGUCGCACCUUGCUCUGCAGUGCGAGGUUAUGCGACGGGCAGGCGGCAGGCGCGACCGCGUGUGCGUGCCUUCCAUCCAUAAAGUACCCUGCUGCUAUCCAUCCGCACAGCCUUGAAACAAGAUCGUCGGCUCCGGGUCACAACCUCGUCUGCGACUCCCGCCCCGAUUCUGCGACGCCUUGGCAGCAACGCUGCUCCACGAACAUGGCCAACCAUCACCCUCCCUCCGUCCCAGCUGCCGCAGUGCUCCGCCCUCGGCCCUUGCGCUGCCCGGCCGGGGUUUUUGUUUCCAUCGUCAGCUGCGCGUGUCUCUCCUCCCUUGGCCAGCCUCUUAGACCUACACCUGCUCGCCUUCUGGUGUCUGCCCUUUGUUUCACGCCGGCCUCUUCCCUUCAUUUCUCCUCUUCGUUGUUCCCGGUGACGACGACAUUCUCUUCUUGACCAAGGCCCUGGUGGCAUCGUUUCCCGGACCGCAUCCGUAAUUCUCCUUCCGAUCGUUCGCAACCGUGCUUGCUUGUCGAGCACACAAAGUCAUUCUUUUAGCAGUUCCGCCACUUUCGAUCAUACACGGCCGCCAGACGGCAUCAUCCUGACAGACAUAGACACGGCGCCAAGUACCAA